AUGUCAACAACUUAUACCCCACACGUAAUAUUAAUCACAGGAGGUGCGGGUUUUAUUGCGUCGCAUGUUGUCAUCCACUUUGUAACGAAAUAUCCGCAGUAUCAAAUUGUCAAUGUUGACAAAUUAGACUACUGCUCUUCGUUGAAAAACUUAGAAGAGAUUGAGAAUGCUCCCAACUACAAAUUCUAUAUUGCUGAUAUCACCGAUCCACAUACCAUGCAGAAGAUAUUUGAUAUGGAACACGUUGACACGGUCCUUCACUUCGCAGCACAGACACAUGUCGACAACUCCUUUGGCAAUUCGUUCCAAUUCACACACAACAACAUUUACGGCACACAUGUCCUCUGUGAAGUCGCAAAGAAUUCCAAAGUCAAGCGUUUCAUUCACGUCUCAACGGAUGAAGUUUAUGGGCAAGUCAUUGGUAACGCAGCAACUGAAAACUCUUUACUCAACCCGACAAAUCCAUAUUCCGCAACUAAAGCAGGCGCCGAGUUCAUCGCAAAGGCCUAUUAUCAAUCAUUUGGUCUUCCUCUUAUAAUUACUCGAGGUAAUAACGUGUAUGGCCCUCACCAAUUUCCAGAGAAGUUGAUUCCCAAAUUCAUCACCUUAUUGGACCGAGGACUGAACUGCUCAAUUCAUGGGAGUGGUGAAGAGAAAAGAAGUUUCAUCUUCAUCUCCGAUGUCGUUGCCGCAUUCGAUUUAAUACUCAGAGAGGGCGUGAUAGGCGAGACUUACAACAUCGGCACCGAUCGUGAGAUCUCAAACUUAGAAGUCGCUCAACACUUACUCAACAUCUUUGCUGUUCCAAAAGCCGAUCAAGAAGGCCGCAUUUAUCAUGUCGAAAAUCGUUGUUUUAACGAUCAACGAUAUACCCUUGACAUAUCUAAAUUGAAAGCAUUAGGAUGGGCUCCUACUGUUGGGUUCGAAGAGGGAUUAAAACUCACAGUCGACUGGUAUUUAUCUCACAAAAAGAAUUGGGAGAGAACUGAUGAAGCCUUAGUCCCACAUCCACGCUUCGGUCAAUAA